GGGAGAUCUAGUGACAUGCAGUGACGAUUCAUGGAGAUACGGGUGGGUGCCAUGGUCAGAACCAAGUCCGUAACGGAUGGAAGUGGAUGAUGCUCCCGAUGCAAAGCAAGAUUCGAAGCAAAAGGAGAAGACGGAGAAGAAUGACAAGAACAAAAAGGACUCAAAAGGACAAGGACAAGAUUCAAAGGCAAAAAAGGCACCUCGAUCCAGCUGGGAACCACCGCCUUUCCAGGUGCCACCACGCUUCUGUCCAGGGGACAGCUCUGUGGCAGGCCUGCCGGAUCGGCAGGAGAACGAGCUGAUGGUUAUCAAGGAGAUCUUUGCUGGAGCGGUUGAGGAGCUUUCAGUAGAUCCAGGGGCAGAGCGGUCCGAAUCGACAUCUGGUCAGCGGCCUUCUACACCUGUGAGACGCUAUCGGGUACGGCUUUCUGCGGGGAGUGCUGAUGGUCCAACUGCCCAGCUUGAAGUCAGCUAUGGGCGCUUGUAUCCGAUGGAGACGCCCAGAUUGCUAGUCAAGGUGAGCAACCUGACCAAGGAUCCUUGGCAGGACCUCACCCAGAGGGUUGCAGAGGAGGUUGAGCGUGCAGCUGGACAAGAGUGUGUCUUCCAGGUUUGCUCGGUCAUCUCGGACCUUCUGAGGCAGCAUCAUGAUCCGAGCAAUGAGAUCCCUUUGUAUGAACGGAUGCAACGAAGAGAAGCUGAAGAAGCCAAGCUCAAGGAGGAGGCAGCCCGACAUGACAGAGAAUUGGCAAAAAAGAGGGCAGUAGAGGAAUGGGAGAAGCAAAAGCAGGCUGAGCGCCAGCGGAUGGAGCGUUACGAGGAAAAGCGACGAGCAGUGGCAAGGGUGGCUGAUGGCAGGGACCCUCACAGCUGGGAAGGAUGAGGAACAUG